UGCCGCCAGUAGAGGCCUUGUCGCGCGCCCCGCCGCUUCCCGGAGCCGCUUCCCCGCUCCCUUCCCCGACCCCCUCCCGCUCGGCCAGACUUGUGGGUCCUGAUGGAUGUUUCUGAAACACUUGAGCAAAACCCCCGCUCUCCCAGUGAGAAAGACGAAGAGGAGGAUGACCACCAGCCCUCUGAUGAUGAAAACUUGAAAGGGAGUAGUUCAGAGCAGGAUGGGGAGGAAGGACGGGGUGCCUCCUUGGGAAAAGGUCCAAAUCGGGCAACUAGAACAUUGAGCCAUGGGGAGGAGGAAGGCCUUCCCUCAGAGGAAGAGGAGCGUUUAAGUGAAACCAAGUCUCCGGACUCUGAUCGUAAUGAUCAAAGCCAGCCACUCAAGUCCUCCUUGCGUGUUGAGCAAGUGAAAGAGGGGGCAAAUGACUUGGGUGAUGAAGCCUCCUCGGUCAUUCGGGAACUGGAUGAGCAUGAACUGGACUAUGAUGAGGAGGUUCCUGAGGAGCCCAGCACUGUUCCUGCAGACGAUGAGGCCGACAAGGCUGUGGGGGAGGAGGAAGAGGAAGAGGAAGAAGAAAAGGGAGACGAGCCUCCGGGAGAUGACAAACAGCCCACCCCCAAAAGCAACAGUGAGAAGGAAGGGCAGGAGCCUCCUAAGGAGAAGAAGAAGGAAGAAGAUGGAGAAAUCGAUGACGGCGAGAUUGACGAUGAUGACCUGGAGGAGGGAGAGGUGAAAGAUCCCAAUGACAGAAAAAUGAGGCCACGUCUCACCUGCCGUUUCUUUGUGAAAGGGAACUGUACUUGGGGCAUAAACUGCCGAUUUAUUCAUCCUGGUGUGAAUGACAAAGGAAACUACUCUCUCAUUACCAAGCCAGUCCCUUUCUCUUCUAACGGUGCCCCUCCUAUUGGCCCUGGUCCUCACCCACUGAUGCCAGCCAACCCUUGGGGAGGGCCCGGUGUGGAUGAAAUCUUCCCUCCCCCACCUCCUGACCCUCCAACGGAAAGUGCCUGGGAACGGGGCCUCCGACACGCCAAGGAGGUGCUGAAAAAGGCUACCAUAAGGAAAGAACAAGAACCCGAUUUUGAAGAAAAACGGUUUACAGUAACGAUCGGGGAAGAUGAAAACGAAUUCGACAAGGAGAACGAAUUCUUACGAGACUGGAACUACCGCAUCACCCGGGACGUGCGGGAGACAAGGAAAGGGAGCGAGAGAGGGAUCGGGAGAACCGGCAGCGGGAACGGGAGCGCGAGAGGGAGCGGGAGCGGGAGCGAGAGAGGCGGCAGAGAGAGCGGGAGCGUGAAAGGGAACGGGAGCGGGACAAGGAGCGCCAGAGACGGAAAGAAGAGUGGGAGAGGGAGAGGGAGCGCAUCAAGCGAGAUGACAAGGAACGCCCACACCGGGACCGAGAUCGGGAACGGGAGAAAGAGCGCGAGAAAGAGAAAGAGAAGCCAAAACCUCGAUCGCCACAGCCAGCCAGCCGUCAGCCUGAGCCAUUGAAGAAGGAGAAGGAGGCAACAACAACAACAACAACCACUCCUUCUCAUUCCAAGAGAGCGGAUGAGUGGAAGGACCCUUGGCGCCGAUCAAAAUCGCCCAAAAAGAAGCACGGCAUGUCCGCUUCCCCCAGCCACGCGAGGAGGCGCCGGAAAGCCUCGGCUUCGUCGGCUUCCGGCUCAGGUUCUUCAAGGUCAUCCUCCCGCUCCUCCUCCUACUCUGGAUCAGGUUCUUCGCGAUCACGUUCCAGAUCGUCCUCCUACAGCUCCUACACUAGUCGCUCUUCCAGGCACAGCUCCUUCUCAGGCAGCCGGUCCAGGUCGCAGUCCUUCUCCUCUUCACCGUCUCCUUCUCCCACGCCAUCUCCACACAAGCCUCCUCCGAAAGUCAAAGGGGAAUCUGCAGUCCUGGCUGGAAAGGGUGAAAAGAUUGUGAAGAAACUACCUGCCCCACCAGCACCCCCACCGGUGGCAAAGGUUGCCCCCUCUGCCCCAGAGCCAGCCAAACCAGGGGACAACCGGGAGGCAAGACGGAAGGAGCGGCAAACGAGGACACCUCCCAGGAGGCGGGCCGUCAGUUGCAGUGGCAGCGGCAGCAGCUACAGCGGUUCCAGCGGUUCCAGAUCCUUGUCUCGGUCCCUCUCCCACUCUCGGUCCCGGUCCUCCUCGGCCUCGCUCUCCCCGUCCCCAUCCGGGUCCAGGAAAUCCAGGUCUCUGAGCGUCAGCAGCGUCUCGUCUGCCUCCAGUGCCUCCUCCAGCAGCAGCUCCAUCCGGAGCGCCGACUCAGAAGACAUGUAUGCGGAUCUGGCCAGCCCGGUUUCUUCGGCUAGCUCCCGGUCCCCGACCCCAGCCCAGCAGAAGAAAGAAAGAGGAAAAGCCAAGAAGGAGAGCGGCCCCAAGGAGGAGAAGCGGAAGCGGGACGUCCCAGCGCAGCCGGCCAAAUCCGCCAAGCCAGCCUCAGGGGGGAAGUCUCAGCAGCCUCCCGCCCCUCACCCGCCCCCCCAGGCCCAGCCUGCUGGCUUCAGUGCCCACAAGGAAAUCAAGCUCACCCUUUUAAACAAGGCAGCUGACAAAAACAGCAGCCGGAAGAGGUACGAGCCCUCCGACAAGGACCGGCAGGCUUCUCCCCCCACCAAGAGGAUCAACCUGUCUCCAGGUAUUCGCGACAGGAAACUCGCCGGAAGGCUCUCCUCUCCUAAACAGGACCGUCAGCGGGGGCCCAACCCAAAGCCCUCCCCAGCGCAGGCUGACAAGAAGCGCCCACUCUCCCCUCCGUCGAAGAGCUCCAGCAAGGUCACGAGCAUCCCAGGCAAAGCGGCUGAGCCGGCCCCUCCAGCUGCCCCCGCCAAAUCGGGCAAGUCCAGCACGUUGUCGCGAAGGGAGGAGCUCCUGAAGCAGCUGAAGGCCGUGGAAGACGCCAUCGCUCGGAAGCGGGCCAAGAUCCCCGGGAAAGUAUAGUGGAGCGUUGGGUCCAGCCCAGAUUAAGAGACUCUGCGCCUGUGGUUUUAUACAUAGCGUACAAAACAGCCACGUCGGAUUUUGCAGUUCUGUUUCAUUUUGGCUGUGGUCGUUUUUUUAAAAACAAAAACAAAACAACAACAAAUUGGAUAAUUUUUGUCAGCUGGAAUCCACCCGUGCCCAGUUCCUGUGUGAGAGAGGGUCCCCUUCUCCUCCCCCCCUCCCGGAUUGCCUCUCUCACCCAGGUGCUGCGGGCGUCGGGCGCAAGUGUUCGCCGCGGUCGUGUUCCUGGUCCUCAUGGGCUCUUCACCGCAGCCUUGUCCGAUGCCAUCUCCUCCUCCUCCUCUUCCUCCUCCUCCUCCUCCCCCACCCACCUCUUUGCUAGCUAUGAGUUGCAACCCCCUAGUUAGCCAGCGCUACGUGUCGGGUGUCGUCAGCCGUGCCCUUCCGCGCACGUGUAAGGAGAGAGCCCUCAAAGGCCGUCACCAGCGGACGCUCUCCACUCCGCCCCCUCUCCCCCUUCCUUCCCCCCCCCUUCCCACCCCCAGCUGCAUAGAGACCCGUGAUGAGAAAAUUCCAUGUCUCCUUUAUUUUAACCAAAAGAUUGUUUUAGUUGAUUUAAAACCAGAGGAGAGAAAAAAAAACAAAAGAUAUCGUCAGGAUGUAUGUCUAAUAAGGAGGGAGGAUUUUUUU